UUGCUCCCUUCUAUUUUUACUAUAUAAACCUUGUGUUUUUGUAUUAAAUAUUUUGUGUUUCUGUAUUUUAGUUUUUAUUUUAAACUGUAUUUUUGCCUAUGUAUUUUUUAAUUGUGUAUUUUCCAAGUUUAUUUUUCUUUUUUUUAUUUUUAGAUAACACUUCCUAUUUCUCUCUAAACAAUUAUUGUUAAUAAUGUAUAUGCCUAUUGUUCUUGGACCUGACCCGAUUAUGGUUCAAUGUCCAAACUGUAAUCAAAAUACAGCAACUAGACUUAAAUAUGUUAACGGUAGUUAUACUUGGUGUAGUUGUAUUGGGAUACUAAUUCUUGUUUGUUUUGUUGGUGUUGUUGAAACCUUCAGAUGUGCAAAGAGUCUUAGCGACCUUAUAUUCUGUUCUAUUUUUUUUUCUAUUAUUGGGUUUCCAAUUUGCUUUUGUUCGAUUCUUCCAUUCCUCUUACACAUUUGUAAGGAUGUUGAACAUUACUGUGGUAGCUGCAACAAUUAUAUUGGAAAAUAUUUUCGUGGCAAUAGAAGCCCUGCAAUUGUAUUACCACCUCAAUAACAACACCAAGUCAAACAGAAUCAACCAAACAAUAAUUAGAGAG